GAUUGCCUGUUGUCGUUCCCGUGGAAUCCGAUGAAGAGUUGAUACCGGACCCUGUUCCAGAGCCUGUGGCUAUGAUGGUGGCUAGGGCCAUCAAUGCAGAGUUGAGCUUUGCUGGUGUGCAAUGGCAGCACAUGGUGCUGCGCAUGGACAAUGAAAAUACACUGCAAGCUUUGUGGAACCGAGCCGGGAAGGAAGCGUUCUGGGUGAAUUGGUUGACGCUUGAAAAGUCGCUUGGAAAGAAACUUCGUUUGGGUGGUUUGUUGUUCAAGGUCUCAGACCACGCCUAUGGAAAGAAUGCGUCGGCAACACCUCCCGGAUCGAGGACGCCGCCUCAUCCGGUGCAGUCUGCUGACUCAGGUGCCCCGUCGAGGCAGGACAACGUUGUAGAGCGCCCGAUCUCCCUGGACCUGAAGCCUCCUGAAGCUUUUGUUCCUGGAGAGCCUCAAGGUGAUCUAAUUGAGAGGGGGAUGGGAGAUAGAGAUCUUGAUGAUGAAGAGAUGGAUGAUUAUUCCCCUGAUCAAGAAGAUGUUUUGCCUGAGGAGACCCCGCCUGAAGGGCCCCCGGUUGGAGAGAACGAGGCCCCUCCUGAGUUUGAUGUUGACAUGCAACCUGCUGAAGAUGAUGAUCCCAUGGAUGUGGCGAUUAGUUGGUUGCAAGAUCAUGCGCUGUACGCGCUGUGCUCGAAGCCUGAGGUGGUCCGAGCGGCCAAAGGUUCCGAAGAACCUAGUAACAAGGCUUUGGAGUUUACUUUGAAGUUUGGAGGGUCUAAGGUGAAGGUUCAGGUUGCUUCAGGGGCUGCGGAUGAGUAUGCAGGUGAACUUCUUGAUGAGAAGAAACUGGGUGAAGGCAUGAAGCUUGAGAUGGAAGAACUUGAUAACUUUGGUGUUUGUCAGGUUGUUUCUGAGAAAGAAGCCGU